AUGGCCGAAGAUAAGAAGAGAGACGACUACACCAUCGAGAUGGACAAGCUCGACCAGGGCAGCAAGGCCUUUGAGGCUGCGCCUGUGCACCAGACAAGAUCCACGCAUCCAUCGGGCUCUAUCUCCAACAAUCCGAUUCUCCCGGUUCUCGCAUACUGUGGUUCAUCGAUCUUGAUGACGGUGAUGAACAAAUAUGUUCUGUCGGGCUUGGAUUUCAACCUCAACUUCUUCUUGCUCUGUAUCCAGUCUAUCGUCUGCAUUGUCGCGAUUCAAAGCUGCAAGUCAUUUGGACUGAUCACCUACCGGAAUUUCAGCUCAGAUGAAGCCAAGAAGUGGUUCCCUAUCACCCUCCUUCUCAUCGGCAUGAUCUACACUGGCUCCAAGGCUCUGCAGUUCCUUUCGAUACCCGUGUACACCAUUUUCAAGAACCUGACCAUCAUCCUUAUCGCAUAUGGUGAGGUUCUCUGGUUCGGCGGCUCUGUUACGGGUCUCACCUUGUUCUCCUUCGGUCUCAUGGUGCUGAGUUCGAUCAUUGCUGCCUGGGCAGACAUCAAGCAUGCCGUGGAGAGCAGCGGUGCCGAUGCUACUUCCAAGGUGUCGACUCUCAAUGCUGGUUACAUCUGGAUGCUUAUCAACUGCUUGUGCACCUCGUCCUAUGUGCUGGGCAUGCGCAAGCGUAUCAAGCUGACCAACUUCAAGGACUUUGACACCAUGUUCUACAACAACCUGCUGUCUAUUCCCGUCCUCAUCGUUUUCACGCUCUUGGCUGAGGAUUGGUCCUCGGCCAACAUUAACCGCAACUUCCCCGUGGAAAGCCGCAACAACAUUAUCAUGGCCAUGAUUCUUUCCGGUCUCUCUUCGGUCUUCAUCUCCUACACCUCCGCAUGGUGUGUGCGUGUCACCUCCUCGACGACAUACUCCAUGGUUGGCGCGUUGAACAAGCUUCCCAUUGCUCUGUCCGGUCUGAUCUUCUUCGAUGCUCCGGUUACCUUCCCCAGUGUUUCCGCCAUCGUUGUUGGUUUCGUCAGUGGUAUUGUGUAUGCCAUCGCCAAGGUUAAGCAGAACGCUAAGCCGAAGAUCGGUGUCCUGCCCACGGCCAACCCGGGCCCGGUUAGCGCUAGCAGCCAGAGCAUCAGGGACGGACUGAGGUCGUAA